GUGAACUCACCGCAGUUUGUUUACUUGUACAACGUUCUUCGACGCUGUCAUAGUUAGACGUGUUUUAUGCCACUCCUUCUUUGUCUUACUUUGUCCACCAAACUUUUUAUACAGCGCGUGAAUGCACAAAGGGGUUUCUGAAGACAAGAAGGAACAGCCAGUGCAAAAGCAAGGCAGGUGUGUGUCAUGGUCAGCGUGAGCCUCUGAUAAAGGACAAAGUCAAUGGAGGCGAGACGGGACGUGGAGGAGGAGAAGGAAGAGGAGGAUGACGACGAGGAGGCGGUAAAAGCGAGCGCGAUGGGUUCAUUUCUCAGCUGAUGAGCUUCCUGAUCGGCUUCGUCAGUUUGGUGUUCUGCGGUCAUUUGGGUAAAACCGAGCUGGCCGGGGUAGCGUUAGCCAUAGCGGUGAUCAAUGUGUCAGGCAUCUCCAUUGGCAGUGGUCUGGCGUCCGCCUGUGAUACCCUCAUAUCUCAGACGUACGGCAGCGGCAACCUGAAGCGGGUGGGCGUGAUUCUUCAGAGGGGGGUCCUGAUUCUGCUGCUGGCCUGCUUCCCCUGCUGGGCCGUCCUCGUUAACACUCAGCCCCUCCUGCUCGCCGUCGGUCAGAAUGCAGACGUCGCCAGCCUGUCCCAGCUCUACGUGAAGAUCUUCAUGCCGGCUCUGCCAGCCACCUUCAUGUACCAGCUGCAGGGGAGGUAUCUUCAGAAUCAGGGCAUCAUGUGGCCCCAGGUGAUAACCGGCGCCAUCGGGAACAUAUUCAAUGCAAUCAUCAACUACAUCUUGCUGAAGGUGAUGGACCUCGGGGUGGCUGGCUCAGCUGCAGCUAACGUCAUCUCUCAGAUGUCCUUGGCUGUGUUUCUGUUCGUCUACAUGAUGGCCAAAGGUCUUCACAAAGCCACGUGGGACGGCUGGACGUCAGACUGCCUGCAGGAGUGGGGUCCCUUCCUGCGUCUGGCCAUCCCCAGCAUGCUGAUGACGUGUUUGGAGUGGUGGCUCUACGAGGUCGCCGGCUUCCUGUCGGGUUUGAUCAGCGAGGUGGAGCUGGGGGCCGAGUCCGUCGUGUACCAGAUGGCCGUCCUGGUCUACAUGUUCCCGUUGGGCUUCUCGGUAGCCGGCAGCGUCCGUGUAGGAAACAGUCUCGGUGGCGGGAACACUGAGCAAGCCAAGCUGUCCGGCAAGGUCGCCGUCUUGUGUGCACUCAUCGCCUCGUGCUUCGUCGGGGUGUUCCUCGCCGUGUCUCGGAAUGUCAUCGCUUACGUUUUCACCACAGACAAGGACAUCGUGGCGAGGGUGGCGGACGUCAUGUGGUUGUACGCCAUCAUCCACGUGGCCGACGCCUUCGCGGCGGUGACGGGAGGUAUCGUCAGGGGGGCCGGCAAGCAAAUGGUGGGAGCGGCGUGCAGUUUGGUGGGUUACUACGUGGUGGGCUUCCCCAUCGGAGUGUCGCUGAUGUUCCCCGUCAACAUGGGCAUCACGGGACUUUGGACCGGGUUCCUCAUCUGUGUGGUGAGCCAGUCGCUCUUCUACGCCAUCUUUUUGUACCGACUCAACUGGAAGAAUGCCACAAUGGAGGCGCUGGUACGAGCUGGAGUCCAGGUCCAAGAAACCGGCAAGAUCUUCGUGAUAGAAAACCAAGCAUGUGACCAGGAGCACAGUCCUUCCAGUCCCGCAGAGUCCAGGUCGGCCGAGUCAGACCACCCGGCCUUGUCCCUCAGCCAACUGGCGUUACGACGUGGACUCACGGUGCUCGCCAUGGUCGCCCUCCUCGUUGCCAGCGUCUUCGUCAGCGAGCUGCUAGUGGACCUCCAGUUGGCCGAGUGAACGGUGAGGGGACAAGAUCACAAAAAGCUUUGAUGGGCUGUGUCUCAAAAGAAACACAUGUACUUCUGUCAGUACACUUCACUUCAGUAAGUGCACACUUUGUUCAUCAGUGUGUAAACUUUGACGGCAUUACUGUCCUAAAUCAUUGUAUUUACUGGUUUUUCUUUUUCAUGUAGCCACCAAUUUAAAUACACCUUUCAGGCAUU